AUGGAGAAGAAGUCGUACCUCGAUGGUGUGGCUCGGUUUGCGGGUCAGCAGGGUGAAUCGGUCCCGAUUUACAAUGUGGGGAACAUGAUGUACAGCGAGGCCCCGGAUAUCCGGGAGGGACGGAUUCUGGAUCUGCCGAUCUCGAGGCUGCACUCGCUGCGCCGCGCGGCUUUCAAGGACAUCAUCGCGGAUUCGCGCGAUGAAGACACGAUCGCGGUCAAUACGCACGCGACGUUCCGCUGGCGGCAUGGGCUGUUUAGCGCGUUUGACUUUGAUCAGAUCGUGAAGCUGGCGCCGGACCUGUUUAUCUGCUUGGUGGACAACAUCGAGGUGGUGCACAAGAACCUACACGAGGCGCAUGAUAUUGAUGCGACGCUCAAGGACUGCAUGGUGUGGCGCGAGGAAGAGAUCCUGGCGACGGAGCUGAUGAGUCAGGCGGUUCCUGGGAGCAAGUUCUACAUUGUUUCGCGUGGUCGUCAUGCUUCGACGGAGCGGACGAUGUUCCGGUUGUUAUGUAGGCCUGAGAUGAAGAAGGUGUACCCGAGUUUCCCGAUGAGUCAUGUGGUGGAUAUGCCUGAGGUGAUGGCGGAGAUUGACGCGUUUCGCGCCGAGCUCGCGGAGCACUUUAUUACCUUUGAUCCUGGUGAUGUGGACGAGAAGCUGCUGCUGGAUCGUGCGAUCGAGGCGGUGAAGGACGGCAAGGACUUCUUUGAUCACAUGCCUCAUCAGCUUGGUGGGAUUCAGAAGGACAUGGAACCGAUCCGGAUGCGGACUCGGGAGGUCAUGGAUAUCGCGGGGGAUAUCGAUGGUCAGAUCUACAUGCGGGAUUUCAAGCUGAUCGACCAGGCGGACAUGAUUGUGAGCUUUGUGCCUGAGCUGAUUAGUGAUGGGGGUAAGGUGAUCCCGGGGCUGUCGAGUGGGGUUGAGCGUGAGCUUCAGCAUGCUUGGGAGCAUGCGAAAGAGGUGUAUGUGGUUUGGAAGCCGAGCAAGCCGCCGAGUCCGUUUAUUACGGAGACGGCGACGAAGGUUUUUGCUUCGACCGAAGAGGCACUGAAGUACUUUGAAGAGCAGGGGAUGUUCUCGACGCGGUGCCCCGGUUGUGGGUACUCGAUCGACGGUCUGAGAGAAGCGACUUGCCCGGAGUGUGGGCUCGCGUUUGAAUCCAAUCGUGAUGGCUCGGAUCAAUCUGAUACCGAGACUUCCCCUCGGGGCGUGAGACGGAUUGAACGAGAUCGUCAGAUUGCUGAGAUAGUGUUUCGAUCUGCUGGGAUCUACUUGUUGAUUACUCAGAUGUAUGUUGGCUUUCAGUAUGUGUUCCGUGCAAUCAGCUAUGUCUUUCUAGAUCCUCAGAGCAGCAUGUUUGUUUCCGGCGAGGAUAUUCGCUUGAACACCGAGACGGUGUUUUGGCUUGUCGCGGAUCAUCGGAUUACCACGAUGGAUUAUGACAUCGCGUGGUUUGAUGAUUUCGGGAACCUCACGGGGUUCAAUCAGCUGCGGUCGUGGAGCCCGGGUGAGUUUUAUGAUUUCAUGUUCGAUCAGAGCGACACGCUCGGCGACACGGCUUUUAUGCAUGUGACGCAGGAUUCGAGCAUGUCGGAGAUGUUGAUCUUUAUUGAGGGUGAUAUGCGGACUCAGCUUUAUGACAUCUCUGCGGAGACUAGCUCGUUUCCUCCUGAUUUCUUGUUUGAUGGGACUGGUGGUCCUGUGAUGUCUCCGAUCACAUUUGGGGACUGGGAGUAUGAUGAUUCGUUCUCGAUUCCGGCGAUGUCGAUGAGUAUGUAUCACUCCUCAUCGGUGACCAGUGAGCUGCUGCUUGCUGAGGGAUCGAUUGAGGGAAUCGUCACCCCAGGUGUUGCAAACUAUGUAUUCACCACAGGUGUUGGAUUCAACGAUUUCAAUAUCACAUUCUCAGUAGGCGAGACGACUGAGUUUUUGAUUGACGCAACGCUAACGGCAUCUGGUCUAUCCGGGAACUCGUCUGUAGUGAUCCGGAAUGCCACUUCGCCGUUCACGGUGCUGUAUUCUCAGCAAGCGAUGAACACGAGUAUUGAGAUCCACGAGACUAUCGAGCUUGAGGCGGGAACAUACAGCUUCCAGCUCAUCUCGAAUGUCUCGCUUGCGCCGGUUGUGGGGUUGGAUUCCGCUUCUUAUUCUGGAUCUCUGAGUGUGGUGCCUGCGCCGUCGGUGCUUGGACAGUUCAACACUGUAAACGAAUCUGAUUUGGUUGUGCCGAUGGGUGCAUUCUCGGCUGUCAAUGAAGAGACGAUCAUCACUCAUCAGACCGGGUACCUUGGCGCCUCGCAACUUUCUGAGGUUUCUGAGCUGCAGAUCAGUGGGCAGGGUCAGAUUUUGGGUUCGGCAGAGUCUGAGGAUGGGAUUGCUUACGAGAUGUUUGAGACUGCUGGGAUCAGCUCUGUAGCUGUGGAGUUUUCCAUCAGCGAACAGACUGCGUUUUUUCUUGAUGCGUUGUUGUACUCGAGCGGGUCGCCUGGCGAGAGCGGGGUGUGGCUGCGAGGGAUCAACGGCACAGCGUUUUACUUUCAUGACUCUACCAACUUGUAUGACUCUGAGAAUACAUAUGUGGAUGUAGAGCAGGGCUUUGUGCUUGAUGCGGGAUCGUAUGUGUUUGAGAUGAGUUCAUCUCUCUUUUCGAGCGACGCAGACUAUGGGGCGAUGGCAUCGUUUCAGGGCAGCUUGAGUGUGGUGCCUGAUGGGCAGGGAGAUGAUGUUCGGCACGCGCCGGUCAAUGAGCGCGGGCGGGCGUUUGAUCCCGAUGUGACGGACGAUGAGAAGUCGUUUGCGUUGUGGAUGCAUCUGGCGCUGCUGGCGCACUUGGUGUUGUCGUUGAUCGCGAUCAUUAUCCCGAUUGUGAUGUGGCAGGUGAAGAAGGAUGAGUCGCCGUUCCUCGAUGAUCAUGGUCGUGAGGCGGUGAACUUCCAGAUUUCGCUGUUGAUCUGGUCGCUGGUGUUUGGGCUCGCAUCGAUCCCGAUCGGGUUCUUGACCUGUGGCGUGGGGUUCGUGAUCGCGUUUGUGCCUUAUGUGGUCGGACUGAUCGGGAUGAUCCAGGCAUCGCAGGCGGCGAAUCGUGGCGAGUUCUAUCGCUAUCCGAUGACGAUGCGGAACUGGGAUAUGAGCAAUGCUGGGUCUGCGGCUGAAGCACCUGUGAAUGAUCGUGGCCGGGCGUUUGAUCCCGAUGCGAGCAAGGCGGAGCGGAGCUUUGCGGUGUACAUGCACCUGAGUUUGCUCUUGCACUUGGUGCUUUCGUUUUUGGCUUUGAUUGUGCCUUAUGUGAUGUGGUCAUCGAAGCGGGAGGGGUCGCCGUUCUUGGAUGAUCAUGGUCGCGAGGCGUUAAACUUCCAGAUUUCGAUUGUGGUAUGGACGAUCGUAUUCGCGGCUCUUGCGGUUCCUGUAGCCUACUUUACGGAUACGCUGGCGCUGCUGGUGAUUCUGUUCCCGCAUGUGCUCGGGAUUGUCGGGAUGUGUUGCGCGGCGUCUGCGGCGAAUCGCGGGGAGUUCUUUCGGUAUCCGAUGACACUUCGCCUGCUUACAUAA